GGAAGAGGAGAGUCCCGCCGUGUUGUUGUUCCGGCAGUUUACCAGCUUGUCGCACGAAGGACAGGUGGCGAAGGUUGAGUCGUACGCUCGAAUGGACGAGCGGCAACUGCAGGAGCUGCCGUACUUGGAUCAAGAUGCACACGUGGCGAUCACGGCGCUCCGGCAGGCCAUGCACAUGGUGGAGCUGUUUGGCGCCGUGGCUGCCCUGCGAGCCGAUGAGGACUUCCAGUCGGACAUCCGCGACCCACGGGUCAGGGAUGCGCUGGCGGAGGCGAAGCGCACCAACAACCUGGAGCGUUACGAGGACCAACCGGCGGUUAUGUCGGUUGCCGCCAAGUUCAAGCGGUUACACGCCAUCUCCCGCAAGACAGACGGCUUGCAGGUUGUCAUUGACGACCUCCGCGCCGAGCUGCCCGACAACGACCCCGCGAGUACGGCAGCCAAGAUGGGCGAAAUGCGGGCCAUGCUGCGCACGUGCGCGGGGAAUGCGGUGCAGGCUGUUCUCAACAGCGUCACCGCCGCCCUGCCCGAGCGUCUGCGCAGCCGCCUGGCCACCCCCCCUGGAGGUGGCGAUGGUGGCGGUGAUGAUACCGCCCGGGGGCCCGCCGGUGCGGGUGCUGCUGCGGUUGAAAGCAGUGGUGGCAGCGGCAGCAGCAGCGGUGCUGCGGGCGAGCGGGACGGUGCCCAGACACGCAAGCAGCAGCAGGGCAGUGGGGUUGCGCAGGUGGAGGAGGUGGAGGAGGAGCAGGAGGAGGAGGAGGGCCGGGAGCUGACGGAGGAGGAGCGGCGGGAGCGGCAAGCUCGUCUCGCCCACAGGGCCCGCAUGGACAGGUUGAGGGCGGCCGCCACCUCGGCCUGGAGCGGCGGGGACAAGGCGGACGACGCGGUGGGAUACGUGGACAGGUUGGAGCGAGACAUGAAGGCGCGGGCUCGCAAGGGGGGUGCCCAGCGCCGCAAACGGCUGGCGGAUUACGUUGGGGAGGAGGCCGCGCUGUCCCUGCAGCACACCUUCCGUGCGCUGCUCAUCACUUUGUUGGGGUUCGCGGUCAUGUGGUGGUUCGGGCUGAUGCCGUACCAGCAGGAAGCUGCGGUACUGGCGCAGGAGGCGGCGAUGGAGGCGGCGGCACGCGCGGCGGCAGCAGCAGCGGCGGCGGCGGCAGCAGGGGAAGCGGGGGCUGCUCAGGGGGCUGAGGCGGCAGGAGGAUCGGGGCUGCUGGAGGGACUUUGAGCGCCGCGGCGAUGUGGGUUACACGAGCUAGAGAAUUGCUCGAUAGGAGGUUGGCGGGUGAGGAGGUGUGAGGAUUGUGUGCGAAGGAAGCGCUUGGUGGCGCGGACAUCAAGCGAUUGGAUGCGAAGGCUUAUGCAGACUUGGAUACCAUAUAAUGUUUCCAAGUGUUGACUUAAAGCAUUUACUCGCAUGAUGUAAGAUGCUGCCUGUUGUAGAGGCUUCUUUCUCGGGGUUCCUGUUGCGCCCGCUGUGAUCGCAACAUUCGGAACUUUGUUAGCGGCGCAACUUGUUACAACUCCUGUAAGAAAAUAAUCCUAAUAACAUAAUUCAAAAUGG